AUGGAUUACAGCUCGCUCAGCGGGGUCCCGCGCUUCCUGACCCGGCCCAAGGCCUUCAUGGUGUCUGUAGGGAAGGACGCCACGCUGAGCUGCCAGAUCGUUGGAAACCCCAUCCCAAUGGUGAGCUGGGAGAAGGAUAAACUUCCAGUGCAGUCUGGGGGAAGGUUUAAAACCACAGAGGAUGGGGAUUUGUACCGGCUAACCAUCUACGAUCUGAGCCUGGAGGACAGUGGCCAGUACAUCUGCCGGGCCAAGAACACCAUCGGGGAGGCCUUUGCUGCUGUCAGCAUCAAGGUGGGAGAGGAGACCACGGUCACAGAGUCGGCUCCUUACUUCAUCCAGAAACCUACCAACAUCAAAGUAACCCUGGGAGAAGACGUCAUGUUCAAGUGCAAAGUCCAGGGCAGCCCUCCCCUCUCAGUGAACUGGGAGAAGGAUGGGCGAUACCUGAGGAACAAAGCAGACGCUGGGCGCUUCCAGAUCGAGUCUGCUGGCGAGUCCAACGCUCUCACCAUCCAGUGCGCCCAGCUGGGGGACAGUGGCACCUACACGUGCCGGGCAGAGAACCUCAUCGGCUCCGCCAGCGCCUCGGCCGCGCUGGUGGUGGAAACGCGCGGCUCCUCCAACCCCGACAGCGGCGGCAAGACGGCCUCCUUGCUAUCCCACCUGCAGAAGAGGCGGGAGGAGAUCAGGAAGAUGGACAUCUCCCACAGCACUCUGGACUCUGCCUACUCAGCCGUGGAGGGGCUGUCCAGCCUGGGCUACGGCCUGUCCCGGGACUACGAGCGGGCGGCGGGCCUGGCCAAGGGCGCGCGCAAUGCCGCGCUCGGGACGCUGACGCGCACCUGCAGCGUGACCGAGGGCAAGCACGCCAAGCUCAGCUGCUACGUGACAGGAGAGCCCAAGCCUGUGAUUGUGUGGAAGAAGGACAAUGAGGUCAUUGCAGAGGGCCGGAGGCAUGUUAUCUAUGAGGAUGACCAGGAGAACUUUGUGCUGAAGAUCCUCUUCUGCAAGCAGACGGACAACGGGCUGUACACCUGCACGGCCUCCAACCUGGCGGGGCAGACCUACAGCUCUGUGCUGGUCACUGUCAAAGAACCCACCAUACCCUUCAAGGCAAAGCUGAAGGACCUCGAGGUGCGGGAGAAGGAAUCUGCCACGUUCCAGUGCGAGGUGCCCGUGGCUGGGACAGAGACAGCCUGGUUCAAGGAGGAGACCAAGCUGCAGCAGAGCAAGAAGUACAACAUCGAGGAGGAGGGCACCUACCGCCGCCUCACCGUGCAGAACGUCACCACGGACGAUGAUGCUGUUUACAUCUGUGAGAUGAAGGAAGGGAGCAGGACCAUUGCAGAGCUCUCUGUCCAAGGGAACAUCAUAAAAAAACUGCCACGGAAAACUGCUGUCUUCAUCAAGGACACAGCCACCUUCUGCGUGGAGCUGGACAACGACUGCCAGAACGUCAGGUGGCUGAAGAACAAAGAGGAAGUGAAGCCCAGCGACCGCAUCUCCAUCACCUGCUCUGGCAAACAGCACACCAUGACCAUCCGGGAGUGCAAGGUGGAGGAUGCUGGGGAGAUUGCCUUCCUGGCUGAUGAAAGCAGGACUUCCACCCAGUUCACUGUGACCACUCCCAAAAAACCUCCCACCCAACCCCCGUCUGACCCUGUGGUGAAGAAUAAAACAGAAACCUCAGUGACGCUGGCGUGGUCCCCUCCGAGGAUGGAGCGGCCCAUCCCGGUGGACGGCUACAUCGUGGAGCGCAAGAAGCUCACCGGCUUCACCUGGGUCAGGUGCCACGAGUCCCACGUGCCCAGCCCCGAGCUCAUGGUCAGCAACCUGCCAGAAGAGGCUGACUACCAGUUCAGAGUGUCUGCUGUCAAUGCCUACGGACAGAGCCCCUACCUGGAGUUCCCUGGGAGCCUGCACCUUGAACCCGUCCUGGCUGUGAAGAACCCCCUGACAACAGCUGAAGUUGCACCUGGAGGGGAUGCCCUGUUCACUGUUGACCUGACCAAGACAUGUUCUGGCACUUGGUACCUGAAUGGCAAAGUCUUACAGGAAAGUGAGACCUACAUUAUCAACAGAACCCAAACCACUCACACUCUGGUCAUUAAAAACGUCACCAGGAAAGAUGAUGGGACAGAAGUGAAAUUUGUUGCCAAUGACGUUGAGACCAGCACCAAGAUGAGAGUGAGAGGAGCUGCAGUGAGAUUCACCAACAAGACCAAAGAUGUAGAAAAAGUCUCAGCUCGGCUGAGGGAGGAAGCCAAACUCCAGGCUGAGCUUUCAGACACAGAGGCCACUGUGAAGUGGAUGAAGGAUGGGAAGGAGCUCAAGCCCAGUGACAAAUACGAGUUCCAAACCGUGGGGAAGAGGCACAUCCUGAAAAUCCGCAGCACUGCUGAGGAGGAUGCUGGAGUCUAUGAGUGUGUCUGUGAGGGGGAUAAAAUGGUUUAUCAGCUCUCAGUGAAAGCACUUGCAAACUUUGUGAACAAAGAGAAAACUGGAGGGGUUGUCAAGGCCAUUGCUGGGAAACGGGCUGAGCUCGUGUCUGAGACCUCUGAGGCCAACGUCAUGGUGAGGUGGUACAAAGAUGGGAAGGAGAUCACAGCCAGCAAGAAAUUCACCGUGGAAGACAAAGGAAAGCUGCACAAGCUUGUGGCUUCGACCGUGACAAAGGAAGAUGAAGGAACUUACACCUGCAAAAUUGGGGACGACACCCUGACUUUUGAUUUAAAAGUCUCAGAUGAAGCCGUUACUUUUGUCAACAAGCCCAAAACGACUCCAGAAGUGUCAGUCAGUCCUUCUGAGAGCCUGGAGCUGGUGUGUGAGGUGUCAGCUGCUGGUGGGGCCGUGGUGUGGAGGAAGGAUCAGGCUGAGGUGAAGCAGGACCAGAGGACAACAAUCGUCUGCCAGGGGACACAACGCAAGCUCAUCAUCAAGAAGGUGACACAGCAAGACCAAGGCAGCUACACCUGCGAGACAAAGGACGACAGAACAACAUUCCAAGUCAAAGUCAGAGAGCCAGAGGCUGUGUUUACAAACAAGGAGAAGGUGCAGAAAGAGGUGAAGGCUGCAGUGUCAGAAAAUGCCACGCUGAGCUGCGAGGUGGCCCAGGAGAAAACAGAGGUGAAGUGGUACAAGGAUGGGAAGCUGAUCACCUCCAGCAAGAAGUUCAAGGUGGAGUCGGAGGGCAAAUCGCGUCGCCUGGUGGUGGGUCAGGUGGAGAAGAAAGAUGCAGGAGAGUACACCUGUGAGGCUGCUGGCCAAAAACUCACCUUCAGGAUCGAUGUCAAAGAGGCAGAAGAUGCUUUUGUCCACAAGGAGAAGGUGCAGAAAGAGGUGAAGGCUGCAGUGUCAGAAAAUGCCACGCUGAGCUGCGAGGUGGCCCAGGAGAAAACAGAGGUGAAGUGGUACAAGGAUGGGAAACUGAUCACCUCCAGCAAGAAGUUCAAGGUGGAGUCGGAGGGCAAAUCGCGUCGCCUGGUGGUGGGUCAGGUGGAGAAGAAAGAUGCAGGGGAGUACACCUGUGAGGCUGCUGGCCAAAAACUCACCUUCAGGAUCGAUGUCCCAGAGCCAGAAGUUGUGUUUACAAACAAGGAGAAGGUGCAGAAAGAGGUGAAGGCUGCAGUGUCAGAAAAUGCCACGCUGAGCUGCGAGGUGGCCCAGGAGAAAACAGAGGUGAAGUGGUACAAGGAUGGGAAACUGAUCAGCUCCAGCAAGAAGUUCAAGGUGGAGUCGGAGGGCAAAUCGCGUCGCCUGGUGGUGGGUCAGGUGGAGAAGAAAGAUGCAGGGGAGUACACCUGUGAGGCUGCUGGCCAAAAGCUCACCUUCAGGAUCAAUGUCACAGAGGCAGAAGAUGCCUUUGUCCACAAGGAGAAGGUGCAGAAAGAGGUGAAGGCUGCAGUGUCAGAAAAUGCCACGCUGAGCGUGGAGUCGGAGGGCAAAUCGCGUCGCCUGGUGGUGGGUCAGGUGGAGAAGAAAGAUGCAGGGGAGUACACCUGUGAGGCUGCUGGCCAAAAACUCACCUUCAGGAUUGAUGUCACAGAGCCCAAACCUGCAUUUAUAAACCAGGAAAAGGUCCAGAAGGAGGUGAAGGCUGUCCUGACAGAAAGUGCCACCCUCACGUGCGAGGUAGCACAGGACACAACUGAGGUGAAGUGGUACAAGGAUGGCAAACUGCUCGUGUCCUCUCGGAAAUUCAAAAUAGAGACCUUGGGCAAAACACGGCGCCUGGUGGUGGGGCAGCUGGAGAAGAAGGAUGCUGGGGAAUACAUCUGUGAGGCUGCAGGCCAGAAAAUGACCUUCAAACUGGAAGCAACUGAACCGGAGGCCAAAUUUGAAAAGAAAGUUGUCCAGAAAGAGCCUCUCAUUGUUCAAGAACACGAAAGCAUCACACUCACAACCUCAGUCACGCCUGAAACCGCUGCAGUGAGGUGGUUCAAGGAUGGCACAGAAAUCAAGGCGAGCAAGAAAUGUGUGAUCAAAAGCGAGGGGGCCUCCAGGACGCUGACAGUGAACGCAGCUGAGAGCACAGACUCUGCCCUCUACACCUGCCAGACAAAGGAUGACAAGCAGGAAUUCAGGGUCCAGGUGAAAGAAAUCCCGGUGAAGUUUGCCAAGAAGCUGGAGGCCGUGAAAGCCGAGCUUGGUGGCAGCGUGUCCCUGAGCUGUGAGCUGAGCCACGCCAAGGGGAAGGUGACGUGGAGCAGGAAUGGUGUGGAGAUCAAGGCCAGCAAGCGUUUCCAGAUCCGUGAGGAGGGAACCAAGCGGAUCCUGACCAUAACGGGGAUCCGGGCUGAGGACGAGGGAGAAUAUUCCUGCGAGUCCAGGGAUGACAAGAGCAGCAUCACCAUCGUCCCCAAACCUCCCAGAGUGGUGAAAUUCGUCACAAGUCUCAACAGUGUGGUGUCUGAGGAAGGGAAAGAGGCUGUGUUCAAGUGCACCGUCUCCCCCAGUGAUGCUGUGGUCACCUGGCUCAGGAAUGGUGCCAAGAUUGAAGCCAGCAAGAAAUACGUGAUCUCUCAGAAGGACACCAACCACAGCCUCACCAUCACUGACCUGACCCUGGAGGAUGCAGCUGAAAUCACUGCCAAUGCUGAGGGUGUGGAGAGCACAGCCAACCUCAGAGUCAGAGAGGCCUCAAUCUCCUUCAGGAAGAAGCUGGAGCCCAAAACAGUUGAAGAGAGGGAGACAGUGACCUUGGAGGUAGAGCUGACCAAGCCUGCAGAGGUGAAGUGGAUGAGGAACAGCAUUGUGCUGAAGCCCAGUGACAAGAUCGAGAUCAGAGCUGAGGGAACCAAGCACACCUUGGUGGUCAAGGACAUCUCCUUCGCAGACCGGGGCUUCUACUGCUGCGAGAGCCCUGAUGACACCACCCAGGCCAAGAUCAAUGUGGAAAUGAGGCAGAUCAAGCUGGUGAAAGGCCUCCAGCCCCUGGAGGUGGCUGAGAAAGGGACUGUCACCUUUGAGGUGGAGGUGUCCCAUGAGGACGUGGAGAGCACCUGGCAGAAGGAUGGUGUUCGUCUGAAACCUUCACCCAACGUCAGCUUCGGUGUCCUGGGCAAGAAACACUCGCUGACUCUGUCCUCAGUGGCUCUGGAAGAUGCAGGAGUCAUCUCCUUCAAAGCAGAGGGCAUCAGCUCAUCAGGGAGGCUCACUGUGAAAGAAUUGCCUGUGAGGAUCAGCAAGCCUUUGGCAGAUGUCAGUGUAACUCAGAAGCUCAAGGCCACAUUCGAGUGUGAGCUGUCCAAACCCAAUGCCAAUGUGAAGUGGUUCAAGGAUGGGAAGGAGAUCCGGCAAAGUAAAAACAUUGGGAUUGUCUCCCAAGGAAAUAAGAGAAGCCUCAUUAUUCACAAGUGUGAAUAUGAAGACCAGGGAACCUAUACAUGUCAAGCAGCUGAAGACAAGACAUCAGCUACUCUAAAGGUUCAUGCCCGAGAUGUCAAGAUCGUAAAACCACUGGAAGAUGUGGAAGUGAACGAAUACGAGAGUGCAUCUUUCAUCUGUGAGAUCUCACAUGACGAGGUGGAAACCCAGUGGUACAAAAAUGACAACAAGCUGAAGACUUCUGACAACAUUAAAAUGCGACAGGAUGGAAAAACCUAUUCCCUGACAUACGCACGUGUCCAGGUCGAGGAUGCGGCUGAGAUCAAAUUUGUAGCAGAAAAGGCAGAAUCUCGUGCUCACCUGACUGUAAAAGAGCUGCCCGUGAAAAUCGUGAAGCCCCUGCGGGAUAAGAUCGCCCUGUGGAAGCACCGGGGGGUCCUGGAGUGCCAGGUGUCCCGGGCCAAUGCCAAGGUCAGGUGGUUCAAAAAGGACAGGGAAAUUCACCCUGGUGUGAAGUACGAGAUUGUGAGCGAGGGCGUCUAUCGCAAACUCGUCAUCAACGAUGCCGACUACGAGGAUGAGGACACGUACACCUGUGAUGCCUUCGAUGACAAAACCAGUGCUAACUUCUUUGUUGAAGAGCAAGCCAUUAAUAUUGUAAAAGAAUUGUGUGAUGAGGACGUGACUGAGCCUGAAGAAGCCAAUUUUGAAUGUGAGACAUCCAUUCCAUCUGUGAAACCUGCCAAGUGGUUCCUGAAGGGAGCAGCCUUGCAGGCUGGCAGAAACAUCAUCAUGCAGCAGGAAGGCACCAUCCACAGGCUGACAAUAAUCAAAACAAGUGUUGAUAUGACAGGCACCAUCCAGUUCUCCAUUGGCAAGUCCAAAUCCACAGCGAACCUGCUCGUCAGAGAUUACCACAUCCAGAUCACCAGGAAGCUGGAGGACAAGACCGUCCUGGAGCGGCACUCGGUCAUCCUGUCCUGUGACUUCAGGCCUUCCCCGAAGCACGUCAAGUGGUUCAAGGGCCAAGAGCUCAUUGAGCCCUCAGAGAAGUACAGAAUCAAGAGGGACCAGUACUCAGCAGAGCUGAAGAUCAUGAAGGUGAAGCCCCAGGAUGCUGGUGUGUACAAAUGCAAGGCUGGCAUCGCCGAGACCGAAGCCACACUGAGCGUUGAAGUUCUGGAGCUGGAUUCAAUCAGCCAUGAGAAGACAGUUUCCUGCUGUCCUUCAUAUGUCUGCAAGCUCAGUCACACAACUGAGUUUUUGUGGUUUAACAUGUUCUUGGGCACCCUCAGCGAGUGUGCAAGUGACUACCAGCUGAGUGGGGCAGAGAAACCUGCUGUCUUCAUGAAAGCCUUGGAUGACGUUUUUGGUGAGGAGCGAGGAGUGAUCAAACUGGAGUGUGAAGUCUCCAAGGAGAAGGUCAAACCUGUUUGGAAAAAGGAUGGUGCGAAGAUCACUUCUAGCAAGAAGUAUGAGGAGAUACAGUCUGGGAAGACCCUGUGCCUCCUUAUCCAUGACCUGGAGAAGGCAGAUGCGGGAUUGUACACCUGUGACAUCGGCACUGAUGUGGCCAAAUCAAAGGUCAGCGUUCAGGAACUGAACAUUGGCAUCACCAAGAGGCUCAAGAACACUGAAAUCCAGGAGGGAGAGGAUUGCACUUUUGAGUGCAUUUUGUCCCAUGAAAGCAUUGAUGACUUCAACUGGACGCUGAAUGGGAGAAAAGUGGAAAGUGGGGGGAGGUUUAAAGCCUCCAAUGCAGGUCGGAAAUACACACUGAGUAUCAAAAAUGUCACUCCUGGUGACGCUGGGGAAAUCAUCUUCACUGCCCGUGGUCUCUCCUCCAAGGCUUCCCUGCUUGUGAAAGAAAAACCUACUGAGGUUACAAAACAGCUGGAGAAUAAAACAUCCCCAGCAGGGCAGGACAUCAGCCUGAGCUGUGAGCUGUCCAAAGCUGAUGUGACCAUCAGGUGGUACAAGGAUGGCAAAGCCAUCAGGAAAAGCCAGAAGUACGACCUGCAGCAGGAGGGGACACGAGCCACUCUCAUCAUCCGAGACUCCACGGUCAAGGACAGUGGGGAGUACACCUGUGAGACUGAGACCUCCAAAACUACAGCCAGGGUCACAGUGCAAGAAAAACCUAAUUAUUUUGUCAAGGAGCUUUCAGACCUGAAAGUGGACGAGAGUGGAACUGCAGUUUUUGUGUGCCAGAGUGAGAGAGCUGCAUCCUCUGUGGUCUGGAGGAAAGGCAUCGCUGAGCUCAGAGCUGGCAGGAAAUAUGAGAUGACACAGAAAGGACAAGUCCUCCAGCUGACCAUCAAGAACCUGGAGAAAAGUGACAGUGACACUUACAGCUGUGACAUUGGGGAUGCCCAGUCCAGAGCCAAGCUAACUGUGCAAGGCCAGAAAGUGCUAAUAACAGAAGACCUGGAGGAUGUCACAGUGUUAGAAGGAGAAUCUGCCAUGUUCAAGUGCAGAAUCUCUCCCGUAGACUGUAGCAGAGUGCAGUGGUUUUUGGAUAAAACCCCACUCCAUACCAAUGAACUAAAUGAGAUCCAGUCCCAGCCUGGUGGAUAUCACCUGCUGACGCUGAGAAAACUCUCCCUGAAGGACUCGGGGGUCAUUACAUUUGAAGCUGGUGAUAAGAAAACAUCUGCCAGUUUGGUUGUUAAAGAAGCACCAGUUCUCUUCAAGCAAGAGCUCCAAAAUGAAGAAGCCAAAGAAGGAAAGCAGGUCAGGCUGACCUGUGAGCUCAGCAAGCCUGGCACCCCAGUGAAGUGGAUGAAGGGAGACACUGUUCUCUAUGCCAGUGAGAAGUAUGAAUUUAAGCAGCAUGGGACUGUGGCAGAGCUCAUCAUUCGAGAUGUGAAAUCUGUGGAUGCUGGGGACUACACCUGCAGUGCUGGGGAACUGAAAACCACUGCUCGGGUCAAAGUGAAUGCUGUGCCUGUGCUUUUCAAACAAGCCCUGGAGAACACGGCUGUGGAAGAAGGGAAAUCCGUCUCCCUGCGCUGCGAACUCACAAAAGCUGAUGCCACCACCGUGGUGUGGAAGAAGGGAGAAGCCACGCUCCAGGCAAGUGCCAAAUAUGAAAUGAAGCAGAAGGGGACAGUGGCAGAGCUGGUGAUUCAUAAUGCAGAGCCAGAAGAUGCGGGAAGAUACACCUGUGACACUGGAGACCAGCAGACCACAGCCCAAGUCCAGAUCCAUGCUGUGCCCGUGCUCUUCAAGGAAGAGCUGAAGCCCGUGGAAGCUGUGGAAGGUGGGACAGCCACCCUGAGGUGCCAGCUGGGCACAGAGGCCCCCGUGGAGUGGAGGAAGGGACAAACUCUUCUCCGGGCCAGUAACAAGUACCAGAUGAGGCAGGAGGGCACCGUGGCUGAGCUGCUGAUCCACGACCUGGAGCCAAAGGAUGCUGGAGACUAUUCCUGUCUCGUGGGGAACCAAAAAACCACAGCAGCUUUGUCAGUGAAUGCCCUGCCAGUCCGUUUCAAGCAAGAGCUGAGGAACGAGGAGGCCACAGAAAGUGGGACAGCGACGCUGCAGUGCGAGCUGAGCCGGGCGGGCGGCUCCGUGCGCUGGAGGAAGGAUGGGAAGGAGCUGGUCCCGAGCAAGAAAUACCAAACACGGCGGGAAGGGCGCUUUGUCGAGCUGGUGAUCCAUGACCUGGACCUGACGGAUGCUGGGAGCUACACCUGUGUGUGUGGAGAGCAGGAGAGCACGGCUGCUUUGAGAGUGAAUGCCUUGCCUGUCCUCUUCCAAGAAGAACUGGUGAACAAGGAAGCUACAGAGGGAGAGGCAGUCACUUGGCACUGCAAACUGAGCAAACCAGCCCCUGCUGAGUGGAAAAAGGGGAACACAGUGCUCAAGCCGAGUGAAAAGUACAAAAUAGAGCAGGAAGGUCCCUUUGUGGAGUUGACAAUCCAGGAUUUGGAUUUGGCAGAUGCUGGGGAUUACAGCUGUGUGUGUGGAGACCGACAGACUACGGCUGCUCUGGCAGUAAAUGUCCUGCCUGCUCUUUUCACCAAGGGACUCACAGACAAAGAAGCCACCGAGGGUAAAAGUGUCUCCCUGAGCUGUGAGCUGAACAAGGCCGCUGCUAACGUGGAGUGGAAGAAGGGCUUCAAGACCCUCAGGCCAAGUGACAAAUACAAAAUGAGGCGGGAAGGUGUCGUGGCUGAGCUUGCAAUCCAAAAUCUAGACACGGCGGAUGCUGGGAACUAUUCCUGUGUGUGUGGAGACCAGCAGACCAUGGCAGUUUUAACAGUUCAUGCUUUGCCUGCAUUUUUCAAGGAAGGGUUGAAGAACAGGGAAGCCACAGACGGCGCCACGGCCGCUCUGCGCUGCGAGCUGAGCAAGGUGGGCGUCCCCGUGGAGUGGAGAAAAGGGGACAAGGCGCUCAAACCAAGUGAAAAGUACAGGAUGAGACAGGAGGAUACAGCUGCAGAGCUGCUGAUCCGAGAUCUGGAGGUGGAAGACACAGGAGAAUACACCUGUGUGUGUGGAGACCAGAAGACCUCGGCAGUCUUGACAGUCCACGCUCUGCCUGCACUGUUCAAAAGAGAUCUUGUCAAUGUGGAAGGCACAGAAAACAGGACGGCCGUUCUGCAGUGCGAGCUGAGCAAACCCGCCCCGGUGGAGUGGAGGAAGGGGCAGGAGGUGCUCAGAGCCAGUGAAAAAUACAAAAUGAGGCUCAAGGACACCACUGCUGAGCUGACAAUCCACAGCCUGGAGGAGGGAGAUGCAGGAGAUUACACCUGUGUGUGUGGAGACAAGACAACCACAGCUUUCCUGACAGUGCAUGCCCUCCCUCCUCACUUUAAGAAAGAGCUGAAGAACGUGGAAGGCACAGAAAAUGGCACGGCCACUCUCUGCUGUGAGCUGAGCAAACCUGGAGCUGCCGUGGCCUGGAGGAAAGGAGACAAAACCCUGGGGACAAGUGACAAAUUCACCAUGAGGUGCCAGGGCACGGUGGCUGAGCUGGUGAUCCAUGAUUUGGCCCUGGAAGAUGCUGGAGAUUACACGUGCUCUUGUGGAGAGCAGGAAACCACGGCUGCGCUCAAAGUGAAUGCCCUGCCUGUGCACUUCCAGGAGGAGAUGAGGGAUGAGGAAGCCACAGAAGGCGCCACAGCCACCCUGCAGUGCGCGCUGUCCAGGGCUGCCCCCGUGGAGUGGAGGAAGAAGCACAAAGUGCUCAAACCUGGCGAAAAAUACACAAUGAGGCAGGAGGGCAGCAGAGCCCAGCUGCUGGUGCAUGCCCUGGAGCCCAGGGAUGCUGGGGAGUACACCUGUGUGUGUGGAGAGGAGAAGACAACGGCAGCACUGACAGUGCACGCCCUUCCAGCUCUGUUCAAAGAAGAGUUAAGAGAUGAGGAGGCCCAGGAGGGUGAAGCAGUGACUCUGCACUGUGAGCUGACCAAACCUGCCCCAGUGGAGUGGAGAAAGGGACACACAGCCCUCAAACCUAGCGAGAAAUACAAAAUGAGGCAGAAGGAUGUCACUGCAGAGCUGGUGAUCCACAGCCUGACCCAGAGUGAUGCUGGGCACUACACCUGUGUGUGUGGGGAGCAGCAGUCCACAGCUUCCUUAGCAGUACAUGUGCUGCCUGCAGCCAUCCGGGAGAGCCUGAGGGACGAGGAGGUGACCGAGGGUCAAGCGGCCACUCUGAGCUGUGAGCUGACCAAAGCUGCCCCCGUGGAGUGGAGGAAGGGCAGCACUCUGCUCAGAGCCAGUGACAAGUACAAAAUGAGGCAGGAGGGCAUGGUCAGGAAGCUGCUUAUCCAGGAUGUGGAGCUGAAAGAUGUGGGAGAGUACACGUGUGUGUGUGGAGAGCAGGAGACAACAGCGGCCUUGAUAGUGCAUGCCCUGCCAGCCCUUUUCAAAGAAGACCUGAAGGACCUGCAAGCCAUGGAAAGCCAAACAGCCACCCUGCGCUGUGAGCUGAGCAAGGCUGCAGCUGUGGCGUGGAAGAAAGGCAACAAAAUUCUCAGGGCAAGUGAAAAAUACAUCCUGAGGCAGGAGGGUGCCCUGGCAGAGCUGGAAAUCCGUGACCUAGAGCUGCAGGAUGCAGGAGAUUACACCUGUGUGUGUGGGGAGCAGCACAGCACGGCCUCUCUGACUGUGAAGGCCCUGCCAGUGCUUUUCAAGGAAAAGCUGAAGGAUGAGGAAGCCCAAGAAGGAGCAUCAGUGACUUUGAGAUGUGAAUUAACCAAAGGAGCUGCAGUGCAGUGGAAAAUAGGGCCCAAAGUGCUCAAAGCAAGUGGCAAAUAUCAAAUGAGACAGUCUGGCACCGCUGCAGAGCUGGUCAUUUGUGACCUAGAAUUAAAAGAUGCUGGAGAUUACACCUGUGUGUGUGGUGACGAGACAACGACAGCAACCUUAACAGUUCAUGCUCUGCCACCACUCUUUAAGGAGCAGCUGAAGGACCAGGAAGCAGAAGAAGAUGCAGAAGUGUCCCUGCUCUGUGAGCUCUCCAAGGCUGCUCCAGUGCAGUGGCAGAAGGACCAGAGGAUCCUCAAACCAAGUGGGAAAUACAGAAUGAGGCAGGAGGGGCUCAAGGCAGAGCUGGUGAUCCAUGGAAUAGCUGAGGAGGAUGCAGGACAGUACACCUGUGUGUGUGGAGAGCAGCAGACUACAGCUGUCCUGACAGUGCAGGCUGUGCCUCCGUUUUUCCAAGAAGAAAUGACCAGCCAGGAAGGGGUAGAAGGUGGAACAGCCACUUUUCACUGUGAGCUGAGCAAAGCCCCUGCCUGUGUGCAGUGGAGGAAGGGCCAGCACAUCCUCACCUCGGGCCCCAAGUACAGCAUGAGGCAGGAGGGACGAGCUGUGGAGCUGCUGGUCCAUGGGCUGGACCUGAGUGACACUGGGGACUAUUCCUGUGUGUGUGGAGACAAGAUCAGCACAGCUGCAUUAACAGUUCAUGUGCUGCCUCCAGAAUUCAAGAGAGAGCUGAAGGACCUGGAAGCUGUGGAAAAUGGCACAGCUGCUCUGCAGUGUGAGCUGACAAAACCCGCUGAGGUGCAGUGGAAGAAAGGGCAGGAGGUGCUCAAAGAGAGCAGAAAACAUGAAAUGAGUCAGGAUGGGGCUGUUGCAAAGCUGGUUAUCCAUGAGCUGGAGGAGGAGGAUGCUGGAGUUUACACCUGUGUGUGUGGAGAUCAGCAGACAACUGCUACGCUGACAGUCAAUGCCCUACCAGCCCUUUUUAAACAAGAACUCCAGGACACUGAGGCAGAAGAAGGCGGCACAGUGACCCUGAGGUGUGAGCUCACCAAACCUAAGGCUCCAGUGGAGUGGAGGAAAGGGGAUGUCACUCUCUACCCUGGUCUGAAAUACGAGCUGAGGCAGCAGGGCUGUGCUGCUGAAUUGGUCAUUCAUGACCUGGAAGUGGAAGAUUCAGGAAUUUACACCUGUGACUCAGGACACCAAAGGACAACAGCAGUGCUGGAUGUGCAUGCACUUCCCAUCACGUUUAAGCAACCUUUACAAAAUAAGGAGUUUGAGGAAGGAAGCACAGCCACGUUCUGCUGUGAGUUGUCGAAAGCCAGCGCUGCAGUGGAAUGGAGGAAAGGAGACGUGGGGCUGCAGCCCAGCCAGAAAUAUGAAAUGAGGCAGAGGGGAUGCCUGGUAGAGCUCUUGAUACACAACCUCAGAUUAGAAGACACAGGAGAAUACAGCUGUGACACGGGGGAUCAGGAAACCAGGGCAGCUCUGAACGUGAAAGCUCUGCCAGUUCUUUUCCAAAAGCAGCUCAAAGAUGAGGAGGCAGAAGAAGGAGCCGCAGUGAAAUUCCAAUGUGAGCUGACAAAGGAUAACGCGGCCGUGGAGUGGAGGAAAGGCUCCAUGGAGCUCUUCCCAUGUGCCAAAUACCAAAUUAAAUUAAGUGGGCACACAGCUGAGCUUGUGAUCCAUAAUGUAGAGCCAGAGGAUGCCUCUGAUUACACCUGUGACACAGGAGACCAGCAGAGCACUGCAGUCCUCAGAGUGAAUGCCAUCAAACCCCAGCUGAAGCAGCAGCUGAGGAACGAGGAAGUGGAAGUGGGAGGAACAGCCAGGCUGCGCUGCGAGGUUUCCAUCAGCAAAGCAGAAGUGGAGUGGAGGAAGGAUGGAGUCCUGCUGCACCCCAGCUCCAAGCACGAAAUGUGGCAGGAGGGGACCCUCCGGGAGCUGCGUGUUCACCACCUGCAGCCUGGGGAUGCUGGGGAAUAUUCCUGCAAGGCUGGAGACCAGACGAGCUCUGCCAAGCUCACCGUGAAAGAGCCUGACGUGACCAUCGUGAGCGGCCUCAAGGACGCCGUGGUGGCCGAAGGGGACGAUGUCACCUUCAGGUGCCAGGUGUCCCACGAGAACGCCAGGGACGUCGAGUGGAAGCUGCAGGACGUGGCUCUGCAGAACAACGAGAUGAACGAGAUCUCAGUGGAGAGGGGCAAGGUGCACACGCUGACCCUGAGGAAGGUGACAGAGCAGGACAUUGGCACCGUCACCUUCCGCGUGGGACCCCACACGUCCACAGCAGAGCUCAGGGUGAAAGCUUCUCCAGUCACCUUCACCCAACCCCUCCAGAACCAGCAAGCUGAGGAGGGUGGCAGUGUCACCCUGAGCUGCGAGGUGUCCAACCCCAGCACCCCUGUGCAGUGGAAGAAGGGGGGCACAGUGCUGCGAGCCAGCGACAAGUACAGGAUGCGCCAGGACGGGGCCGUGGCUGAGCUCACCAUCCACAACCUGAGCCAAGCUGAUGCUGGGGACUACACCUGUGACACAGGGGACCAGCAAACCACGGCUGCUGUGCAGCUGAAAGCAGCAGCAGCCACCAUCGUGGAGGGGCUGAGGGACGUGGCCACACAUGAAGGAGAGGACGCGGUGUUCGAGUGCAGGCUGUCCCGGGAAGCAGCUCAGGAUGCCCAGUGGUUCCUGGGGGAUGUUCCCCUGCAAUCCAAUGAAAUGAAUGAGAUCAGAGUGCAAGGGACACGUCACAGCUUGACCUUGAGGAAGGUGACCCUGGAGGACUGUGGGUCCGUCAGUUUCAAAGUGGGGCAGCAUUCGUCAGCAGCGCAGCUGAAGGUGGAAGCUGCCCCGGUCACCUUUGUGAAGGCUCUGCACAACCUGGAGCUGCAGGAGGGUGGCACUGCCCACCUGUCCUGCGAGCUGUCCCAGCCUGACGUCCCCGUGGAGUGGAAGAAGGGCACGUCUGUGAUCCAGCCCAGCCACAAGUGCAGCAUCCAGCAGGAGGGGAAGGUGCACACGCUGCUCAUCCGCGACCUGAACCGCGCCGACGCCGGGGAGUACAGCUGCCACACAGCUGAUGGCAAGACCACAGCCAGGCUGGAGGUCAAAGGCGUGCCCGUGCUGUUCCAGCAGUGGCUGAGGAACGAGGAGGUGGAGGAAGGGCGCACGGCCGCGCUGCGCUGCGAGCUGACGCGGCCCCACGCGCGCCUGCAGUGGCGCAAAGGGGACACGGUGCUGCAGCCCGGCGACAAGUACCAGAUGCGCCAGGAGGGGACGCGAGCUGAGCUCCUCAUCUACGAGGCCGAGGCUCAGGAUGCUGGGGAGUACACCUGUGACUCGGGGGAUCAGCAGACCACGGCUUAUCUGCAGGUCAAAGUACUGCCAGUGCUGUUUAACAAAGAGCUGAAAAACGUAGAGGCUGAAGAAGGGGGAACGGCAGUUUUGCACUGUGAGAUCUCCAAGCCUGAUGCUCCCAUUGAGUGGAGGAAAGGAGGGGUGGUCAUUCAGCCCAGUGACAAGUACGAGCUGAAGCUGAAGGGCAGCGUGGCUGAGCUGAUCAUCCACGGUGUAGAAGCUGAUGACUGUGGGGAUUAUACCUGCAGCACUGGAUACGAGAUCACCACAGGGUCUGUGUAUGUGCAAGAAGAAGCAGCAGUGAUAGUGUCUGGUCUGAGGAGCACAGACGUCUUUGUGGGCGAGUCAGCCACGUUCACGUGCGAGCUCUCGCCGCCGGGCGUGAGGAGCGUGCAGUGGUGGCUGGACGGGACCCCCCUGCACAACAACCUGGUCACUGAGAUCACCCAGCAGGACGGCAGGAUCCACACUCUGACCCUAAACGACGUGGCGUGCCACGACUCGGGCACUGUCACCUUCAGAGCUGGCUCCCUUAUAUCCACAGCUAAAUUAUUGGUCAAAGAUCCCACCAUUGAAGUGGUCAGUCCCAUGCAGGACAUAACUGUUGAUGAAGAAGGCCCAGCAGAGUUCAUAUGCCAAUAUUCUAGGCCAGUGCACGCCAUCUGGAAGAAAAAUGAUCAGGAAAUACAUGCAGAUGGGCAGCGAGUGAUUAUCGAUCAGGACUGGAAUGUGAGCAUGCUAAAAAUUAACCCCACGGUCCCAGAAGACACUGGCAUCUAUUCUUGUGAAGCUGAAGGCAUUAAAGUGAUGGCUACACUUGAUGUUCAAGCCAAGAACAGCAUUGUCCAGGGCCUGGAGAACGUGGAGGCUGUGGAAGGAGGGGAAGCCCUGUUCGAGUGUUACCUCUCCAAGCCUGAGACCUACAAUUACAACUGGCUGAUUGAUGAUGAACCUGCCAAGACCACAGAAAACACGGAGAUGGUUUACUUUGAAAAUGGCCUCAGGCACAUCCUGCUGCUGAAGAAUUUAACUCCCCAGGACAGCUGCAGGGUGACUUUCAUGUGCAGCGAUGCAGUGACCUCAGCCUUCCUCACAGUGAAAGGGUGGCGCCUGCAGUUCCUGCAGCCCCUCACGGACGUGGAGGUGUCUCUGGGGGAAAAAGCAACAUUUAGCUGUGUCCUGAGUGAAGCUGUGCCAGUGAAUGAAGUGGUCUGGUACAGCAAUGACACUGAGAUCCAGGCUGGGGAGGACUGGGAGGUGCAAGCAGAUGGAAACAAAUACAAACUUAUCCUGAAAAAAGCCCAACUGCAUCACUCUGGAGAGGUGACCUUUGCUUCCAGGGAGGCCAUUUCAUCAGCCAAGCUUUCUGUGAUUGCCCUCCCCGAGCCGCCCGAAGCGCCAGAGGUCCUGAGCCAGAGCAGCCACUCGGUCACCCUGUCCUGGCACAGGCCGCUGGGUGACGGCGGCCAGCCCAUCCUGGGCUACAGGGUGGAGAGGAAAAUCCCAGGAGUUGGCUGGCAGUCCUGCAGCAGGGAGCUCAUCCCAAACACGCAGCUCACCGUGGAUGGCCUCAGCCCGGGGGAGCCCUACCGAUUCCGAGUGUCGGCCGUGAACAAAGCGGGGGCCAGCGAGGCGCUGCACUUCCCCCAGACGGUGCGGUUAGAGCCUCCAGUUACCAUCACCCAACCCUUGGUGGGAGGAUCUGUCUCGGAAGGGGGGGUGGCUCGCCUGGAGUGCUCAUUAUCAGAUAAAACUGAGGAGAAAGUGACUUGGUUCAAGGGAAAAGAGCAAAUAAAAGCUGGAGGGAGAUAUGAAAUCCUUUCUGAAGGAACGAAGCAGAUACUCAUUAUCCGUGGAUUUAAACCCGAGGAUCAGGACAGCUACACCUGCAUGGCUUCUCCAGAAGUCAAAUCUGUUGCCAGCCUGUGUCUUGAAGUUCCCACAGUGUCGAUGCUGAAGGAGAUUGCCAGGGAAGCUCCCCCUGCCAGCCGGGCUGAGGAGCAGGUGGAUGGACACAUCCAGCCCAGCCUGCCCCCCGAAGCUGCCCAGGAGGGAGAUCUGCACCUCCUGUGGGAAGCCCUGGCCAAGAAGCGCCGGAUGAGCCGGGAGCCCACCUUGGAUUCCAUCAGCGAGGUGCCCGAGGAGGAGGAGAAGCUUCAGAAGCUGAGGAAGGAGGAAGCAGAGAUGUCUCACUACUACUCGGAGGAGUACUCCACGUGUGACGAGCUGGCCAGGACGGGAGAGGCAGAUUUCUCUUUCACAAGCUCUGAUGAUGAGUCUAGAGCUGGCACCCCUUCCCUGGUGAACUACCUCAAGAAAGCUGGGAAGAAGAGCACCAGCAUUACCAGCAAGGUUCAGUCCACCUCCACAGGAAAACUAUGGAAGCAGUGGGAGACAACCACCGUGGAGACCACUGUGGCCACCACAGCUGCUCCGCCAGCCGAACCAGAGCUGCCAGAUUUAGACGACCCCUCCAUGAACAAGGCGGCUGUGAAGAUCCAAGCCGCUUUCAAAGGCUACAAAGUCAGGAAAGAGAUCAAGCAGCAAGAGUGCCCGGUGUUCACAGAGACCUUCAAAGACUUCUCUGGAGAGCCUGGAAGCACCCUGCACCUGGAGUGUGUGGCCCACAGCAAAACCGACAUGAACGUCCGCUGGCUGAAGGACGGCAAGGAGCUCUCGGAUGGUCGCUACUACCACAUCGACAGCUACAGCGACGGCACCUGCUCCCUGAUCAUCGCCGGCCUGGACAGGAAGGAUGCAGGUAAAUACACCUGUGAGGCAUCCAAUAAGUUUGGCAAGGUCUCACACAGCGCCAAGGUGGUGGUUGGCGCUCAGGAAGCUCAAGCUCUUGCCAAGGAGAAGAGGAGUAAGCAGAGCACCGACAGCGAGACGGAGAGCUCGUCCGGCAGCGAACUGGACGACGCUUUCCGAAAAGCAGGAAGGAGACUCCACAGGCUCUUCAGGGCCAAGAUCUCCACAGAGAUCUCUGACGUGGAGGAAGAGCUCUUUGUCAGCGCAGAUGAAGGGGACAUAGACGUGGUUGACCACCAGACGUACCGUGAGGAUGACCAGUACAUCUACAUCAAGUUUGAAGUCAUGUCCGAGGCCAAGACAGCUGCCACACGGUUCAGAGAGAUGUUUGGCGCUCUGGGAAUUCCAGUGGAGAUAGACAUCUUGGAACAAGGCCCAAAAAAAAUAGAAUUGCGCAUUGGGAAGGCAUCACCUCCCACCCUUGGGAAGUUUCCACCUCCAGCGAGACCUCCACCACCUUUGCUGACUUCUGACACAGCCCCCAUGUUCAUGACCGAGCUCCAAAACCAAGAGGUCCAGGACGGGUACCCGGUGAGCUUUGACUGCAUUGUCAUUGGCAAACCCCUGCCCACGGUUCGCUGGUUCAAGGACGGCAAAGCUAUUGAGGAAAACGAUCACUACAUGAUCAAUGAGGACCAGGAGGGGUGUCACCAGCUGAUCAUCACCGCCGUGGUGCCCACGGACAUGGGCGUCUACCGCUGCCUCGCCGAGAACAACAUGGGCGUGGCCUCAACCAAGGCUGAGCUCCGUGUGGACUUGACCAGCACGGACUAUGAGACUGCAGCAGAUGCAACAGAGACUUCAUCUUACUACAGUGCCAAGGAAUAUAUUUCAAGCCGAGAACAGGAGGAAUCCAUGGCUGAGGAGGAGCAGUUGCCCCAGAUCUUUGAUGAGCUCCAUGAUAUUCAUGUGGCACCUGGAGCAUCGCUGGCUAAAUUUCACCUGAAGGUGAAAGGGUACCCUCAGCCUCGUCUCUAUUGGUUCAAAAAUGGGCAGCCCCUAAAGGCCUCGGACCGGAUCCUCAAGACCGACAGGCAGGAAUUCCACUCCCUGGAAAUCCGCGACGUCACCAAAGCAGACGCCGGCCAGUAUUUGAUAUUUGUCAUCAACUCUGCUGGCUCUGCCUAUUCCUCAGCCAGGCUGGUAGUCAAAGAUCCUUAUGAGAAAGAAGAGCCAUCCAAAACAGAUUCCCAUGAGCAGCUGAUACCGCCAAGAUUCCUUGAAAGAUUUACAAAUAAGAAGGUGAAAAAGGGUGCAAGCAUCACAUUAUCUGUGAAAGUUGAAGGACAUCCACCACCAACAAUCACUUGGAUGAAGGAAGAGUCUCGGGAGGACAUCCUGUGGAUCAAACCAGACACUCCUGGGUACAAACUGGCCAGUUCCAACAUGCACCACAGCCUGAUCCUGCUGGACGUCAAGAAGAAGUACAGUGGAGCUUACACCUGCAUUGCCACCAACCAGGCUGGCCAGUCCAUCUGCACGGCCAACCUGGAAGUUGCAGAUGUGAAAGAGGCUGAAGUCCUGACCCAGGAGCGUGUGAUGGUGUCAGAAGCCAUCAUGACCACGCUGGGAACUAUUCAGUCCUCUGAAGGAGACCUUGAAGCUGGCAGAGAAGGUGUGCCCAAAACUCCCAUUUCAUUAGCUGAUGUUGGCUCAGAAGAGUUCUUCCAGAAACUCACCUCACGUAUCUCAGAAAUGGUAUCUGCAAAAAUAACUCAGGCUAAACUUCGAGUACCAGGUGCAGAAAGUGAUGAUGAGUCAAGAACUCCCUCUGCAUCUCCUCGCCAUGGACGGUCCAGACCUUCAUCCAUUGCUCAGGAAUCCUCCUCUGAAUCUGAAGAUGGAGAUUCCAGAGGGGAGAUCUUUGAUGUCUACAUGGUCACUGCUGACUACGUGCCUGCUGCACCGGACAAGGAGACCAUCACCCUGAAGGAAGGACAAUAUGUGGAAGUCCUGGAUUCAGCUCAUCCUCUGAAAUGGCUGGUCAGGACUAAACCCACGAAAUCGAGUCCCUCUCGACAGGGUUGGGUGUCUCCAGCUUAUCUGGACAAGAAAUUAAAGUUGUCUCCGGAAUGGGGAGCAACAGAAAUUCCAGAGUUUCCUGGAGAGUUUGUUUCUGAAGAUGAAUACAAAAGGAAGCUAAGUGUUCUUAUUCAGGAGCUGUUGAUCUCAGAGGAAGAUUACAUUCAGGAUUUGCAGUUCCUCCAGACUCAUCACCUUAGGUACACAGAGACCUGUCCCAGUGUGCCAGGAGCUGUUGCCAGUCAGAAAUCCACCAUCUUCAGGAAUAUUGAUGACAUUGGUCGCUUCCAUUCCAGCGUGUUCCUGAGGAGCCUGCAGGGCUGUGACACUGACGAUGACGUGGCCAUGUGCUUCAUCAAGCACGAAGCAGAGUUCAGCAGGUACAUCCAGUACCUGGUGGGAAGGGUCCAGGCAGAGUCCAUUGUUGUCAGCAAAGCUGUCCAGGAUUUCUACAAGAGAUACACAGAUGAAUAUUUAACUAAUGAAGAUCCCUCACAGCCACUUAUCCCACCACUGCAGCACUACCUGGAAAAACCCAUAAACAGGAUCCAGCAGUACCAGACAAUAAUUAAGGAAUUAAUCCGAAACAAGGCCAGGAACAGCCAGAACUGCACUUUGCUGGAGCAGGCCUAUGCCACUGUGUCUGCCCUCACCAGGAGAGCCGAGAACAACCUGCAUGUCUCUCUCAUUGAGAAUUACCCUGGGACCUUGGAGAGCCUUGGGGAGCCCAUCCGCCAGGGCCACUUCAUUGUGUGGGAAGGAGCUCCAGGAGCUCGAAUGGCAUGGAAAGGACACAAAAGACAUGUUUUCCUCUUCAAAAAUUAUAUUGUGAUCUGCAAACCAAAGCGAGACACCAAGACUGACACAUACAGCUACAUCUUCAAGAACAUCAUGAAGCUGAACAACAUAGAUGUGAACGACCUGGUGGAAGGGGAUGACCGGGCCUUUGAGAUCUGGCACGAGCGGGAGGAUUUGGUGCGCAAGUACCUGCUGCAGGCACGGACCGUGAACAUCAAGAACUCCUGGGUGAAGGAGAUCUUGGGCAUCCAGCAGAGGAUCAGCGAGCCCAUCUGGAUCCCUCCAGACUUUGAGGAAGAGCUGGCAGACUGCACAGCUGAGCUGGGAGAGACGGUCAAGCUGGCCUGCAAGGUGACAGGAGCUCCCAAGCCAUCCGUCAGCUGGUACAAAGAUGGGAAGCCCGUGGAGGUGGAUCCCCACCACAUUAUCAUAGAAGAUCCUGAUGGCUCCUGCACGCUGAUCUUGGACAACCUGACUGGGGCUGACACAGGACAGUACAUGUGCUUUGCUUCCAGUCCUGCUGGGAACGCCAGCACCUUGGGAAAGAUCCUUGUUCAAGUGCCCCCACGGUUUGUGAACAAGGUCAGAAAUGCUUAUCUUGUUGAGGGUGAGGAUGUCCAGUUCACCUGCACUGUGGAAGGAGCACCCAGGCCUCAGAUCAGGUGGUACAAGGAUGGGGUGCUGCUGAAGGACACCAGUAAAUACCAGACUUUCAGUGAACCACGGAGUGGCAUCGCAGUCCUGGUGGUCAAGAACCCUUCCAAUGAAGACAUGGGGCACUAUGAAUGUGAGCUGAUGAACAGGUUAGGGUCUGCCAAGAGUGGAGCAGAGCUUUACCACCACAGCGCCGCAGCCCUGACCCAGGAGAGGAGAGGAGACCAAGCCAUCACCAUUGAAGGAAUGACUUCCCCCCAGUCAGAGACGGAGACUUCUGUGCAGGCCUCGCUGCAGCGUGCUGACAAGGAGAUCAAGACAGCCCUGAGAAAGCUGCUGGACUCGGCGUCCCUGCUGGUGACACUUCCCCCUGGCAUGAGGGCAGAUGAGCCCUCAGGGGAAGCAGCCGGGCCCUCUGUGGUGCUUCAUGAAGCCAGCACCCAAACCCAGACUGCUGGAGGCCAUGCCAAAGCGCAAAGGGAGAUUCCAGCUGAAGAACCAGGGGUGCCAAAGCCCAGCCCUGCUCCUUCCAGGGAAGAGGAGGCUUCUGGAGGGGGAAGCACUCGGGAACGCACUGUUCCCAUUGACAGAACAUCCCCAGAUGCAGGGGCAGGAGGCUGGUACAGGAGAGAAGGAGAUGUGGUCUGGGACGUGCACAGUGAAGUUUACAUCGAGACCACAGAAAGAACUCGAGUGUAUAAGACUGAGGAGAAGACUCCAACAAGUCCUCCUUACAUGCAAGUGACAAUAGAGGAUGUGCAGGUGAACUCUGGGGAACGUGCCAAAUUCCAGGCAGUCAUUGAAGGAACCCCUCAGCCCACAGUUUUGUGGUUCAAGGGCACUUCACUGUUGACAGACAGUGACAGGAUCCAUCAGGGGAGGGAAGGAACAACUUAUUUCUUAGUUGUGGACAAUGCUGCUCUGGAAGAUGGUGGUGUUUAUACCUGUGUUGCCAAAAAUGCAGGAGGGGAGGUUUUGUGCAAAGCAGAGCUCGUCGUACGUGAAGUUAAGAAAGACCAAGAAGGAAAGAAAGUGGCCACCAGGAGAAAGCUCCACUCCCAUUAUGAGGUUAAGCAGGAGAUUGGAAGGGGCUGCUUCAGCUUCGUGAAACGGGUGGUGCACAAAGGGAACAGGGUGUCCUGUGCUGCCAAAUUCAUCCCUCUGAGGAGCAAAACCAAGUCCAGAGCUCAUCAGGAGAGGGAUAUUCUUGCCUCUCUGUCCCACGACAGAAUUACCAGGCUCCUGGAUGAGUUUGAGACACGAAAAACACUGAUUUUGAUUCUGGAGUUAUGCUCCAAUGAGGAGCUCCUGGAUCGUUUAUUCAAGAAGAGCGUGGUCACUGAAGCUGAGGUCAAACUGUACAUCAAGCAAAUUUUGGAAGGAAUCAAAUAUCUUCAUGACCACAACAUCCUUCAUUUGGACAUCAAGCCACUGAAUAUCCUCAUGGUUUAUCCUGAGAGGGAAGACCUGAAGAUCUGUGACUUUGGGUUUGCCCAGAGGAUCACGCCCGUGCAGCCCCAGUACAGCAAAUACGGCUCUCCGGAGUUUGUUGCCCCAGAAAUUGUUUCCCAGUCACCAGUGUCAAAAGCAACUGAUAUCUGGGCUGUUGGAGUCAUCACGUAUUUAAGCCUCACAUGCAAGUCUCCAUUUGCUGGGGAGAACGACAGGAAAACUCUCCUAAACAUCCAGAACGGGGAAAUUUCAUGGACCAUUCCUGAUGUUGUGCACUUGAGUGAAGAUGCAAAGGACUUCAUGAAAGGGAUCCUGCAGCAGCACCCCAAAUCCAGGCCAAGUGCUUUGGACUGUCUUUCCCACAAAUGGUUCAUGCACAACGUCCCUCUUGAAGCAGCCCAUUUCAUUAACACCAAACAGCUCAAAUUCAUUGUGGCUCGGAGCAAGUGGCAGCGCUCCCUGAUGUGCUACAAAUCCAUCCUGGUGAUGAGGUCCAUCCCAGAAAUCCUGGAAAGGACCCAUGACAACAGCUCCCUGGCCAUCUCCCGACACCUCAUUGAGGAAAGCACUUCAUCCAGCACCAGUGGCUCCUCUUCAGACAAUGAGAACUCGAAUUUCCCCCAAAAGAAGCACUUUGGCUCCACCCCUGAACUGCACUUGCCCGUAUUUGACGCCCCGAGCCAUCCCGAGCCUCUGAAACGUGCGAGUGAACGGGAGCACUCCAAAAGCUCCAUCCCUCCAGUAAAACCCAUGAGGAGGAAAUAUGCUUCAAUGAAAGCUGAGGUGGGGGAUAAAUCACCCACAGAAAGCAAAGAGCUCAUGGCAGGUGUCUUACAGGAGAAAGAGGAGAGGCUUCUUCCCAGCCUUCGGGAAGAGCCAUCCCAUAAAAGUGGCGCUGCUGAGCCUUCAUCCCUGAGGGCUUCCACAGAAAGCACAUCACUUGUGCAUCAGAGAGAAAAGCCAGACACAGCUUCAUCUGAAAAGGACAGAGGUGAAGAGGCAGGGGAUGGGGCAGAGAAGCCAUCUGCCUUUGUUCCCAGGCAGAGUGUCAUUAAAAGCACCUUCUACAGCCAAGCAACGGAGCUGCCUGCGCGGCCGCCUUUGUCACCAGGCCGGGAGUUCAGAAGGCACCUGGACAGAGCCAGGAGGACUUUCAGGAAGGCUGGCUAUUCAAAGGUGCCCCUCAGUGGCCUCCGAGAACCCCUCCUUGAGCAGUUUGAACUGGAAGAAGAAGAAGAAGGAGGAGAUGAUCGCAGAGAAGCUCUGCUGGGAUCCUUGACCAAAUCCGCGUCGUUUGACACGGCCAGGAAGCCCCCACACCCUGCCAUUGCUGGUGGCAGCCGCAGCCGCUCCCUGGAUGACUACAGGCUGAGAUCCUCCAGAUCCCUGAGGGAACAAGAGAUUUUGGAGGAGGACUGUGAUGUGUUGUCCCAGGAAAGCUGCCCUGAAGGCAGUGAUCACUGUGAUGUUUCUCCAGGGGCUGACAAGGGAUGUUCUGCGGGCACGGCAGAGCAAGGGGAUGUCAGGAGAGCCAGCAAGGAUUGCUCAGGAGAGAAACCCUCUCCCUCCACACACUGUGAGGGGAAUGGGUGCCCACCUGCUGUCAUACAACACGUAGAGGGACUUCCAGUGUCACCUCACAGGAGUCAGAAUAAGAAGCAUUUACUGAAGAAGUCAAAAGCCACUGAGAUUGAGGAGGACGUUGAAUGUUUGGAAGAGAAAAGCCCCAUUCCAGCUGCCCAGUGCUCAGAUGUAACAGCACCAUCAGCUCCAAAACAGGAGAGCACAGAGGGUAAAUCUGCCCCUAGCCAUGCCUCUGACUCUGCUUUUCAGGAGGGCAAAGAGUCCAUUUCAACCCUCACACAGUCAGAGACCAUCCCAAAGUCUUCUCCUCCAAGUAAGGGAGGUGUGCUUCUGCCUCAGGAAUCUGGUCCCACUGACAGCCACCCAGAUCUAACAGGUGGAAGCUUGCUUGUCAAAAGGACAGCCCCAGCCCCACCUUGGAAAGACAAAAGGCAGAAACACUCAGAUGAAAAGACUUCCGCUCAUGGCACUGCUGAAUCUGAACUCAUGGAGCAUGAAAGCUCUGCUGCUCCAACAGAACAAACAGAAACUGAAUCACUUCCAGUAUGUAAAGACAAAAGUGAGGAAAUUCCUGGGAAAAGUGUUCCAGCAGCUACUGUCACGCUGGGCAAGCAGCCAGGUACCCUCACAGCUGGUGAAGGUGUUCCUCAGAAGCUGAAGAGCCAUAAAGACAUGAGAUCUGCUGUCCUGGAAGAAGCAGAAGCAGCUGUUACAGGAAUCACUCUGCCAUCAGUCCACAGUGGUGAAAGCCAAGCACACAAGAAGGCUCCUGUUCACUCAGACACAGCAGCAGGUGUCCUGAAGGGAGAGCAGCUCACUGCUUCCAAAAUCCCACCACCAGGAUCAGCUCUGGUCUCUGAUGGAGCACAGCAGGCUCUCAGCAAGGAGGAACUUGCUGCUCUGAGGAGUAAAAGUUCAGCUGUCCCAGGGGUUGUUUCCAGUUUGGCCCAUGAAGGAGCUGUGCCCCAGAAGGUUCCUGAAGGCCACGGCUCCGAGCCUGCUGCUCUGGAGAGCAGACACCCAGCCAGAGCUGCCUCCUCCCAAAGCACUGCCCUCCCUCAGGCCUGGGAGGGUGAAAAUCAAGAACAUCCAGAGGUGUCAGUUCACAGGGAGAUGAGAUCUGUUGUGACAGCAACUGGAAGCCGAGCAGCUGGACAAGCUGUGGCUGCUCCUUUCCCCAAGGCUGGACAUGGGGUGCUUGAGCAGCACAGGGCUGGGAUUUCAGAUGGUCUGGAGAGUGGCAGUUCAGGUGCAUUAAAUGCUUCACAAUCAGAAAUUGCUCCAGCUGCAGCCUAUGAACUGGUAUAUGAGGAAUAUCCAGAGGGUUAUGGUGAGGAUGGAGGCAUCGCCUUUGAAAGUGGAAGAAGUGAUGCUGGAGAAGCUGCCCCACCACUGCUCCGCAGGGAUCACCAUGGCCAGGAGCUGUCACACCACAGAUCUUCUUUUUACAGUGAUGAGGAGUCUGCUGCACUGGAGGGCUUGGUGGAUGAGAUGGUUUCCCUCUCUGAGGAGAUGAAUGUUUGGGCAGAGUCAGUUUCUGGAGAGAAGGGAAGCAGGAGGCACAUUUCUCCUCCCAGAGGGAUGUCCUACAAAGGCAGCCAGGCACACAUGGACAGCUCCUUCCCUUCAGUCCAACAGGGUGGAAAAGGAGAAGUUGCUGAACAGGAUGACUUUGCAGAACCCUGCCUUGCUGUGAGUGAGGAGCCAGGUGUCCUGGAAGAGCAGGGAGCACAGACAGUUCCUCAUGAAUGUGAGCACUUGGAGGACUUGGCAUUUGAGACCUCACCUUCCAGCCCAGAGAGCCUUUCCUCCACAGAGAGCUUGGACACUGCAAGAAGACCCAUCCCAGUAAUCAAGGACACUGGCAAACACCCAGAAGUCUCUUUAGUGAAAAUCAAAGACCUGUCAGAUGAAACACCCAGUGUUGGCAGCGGCCCCCAGAAAUUUGACAUCUCAGAAGUGGAGCCUGCCUAUUUGAAUUUCUCAGAUUUGUACGACAUUGUUUAUUUCCCAUUUGAGUUUCUGAGCUAUAAGAAGCCUUCACCCAAACCAGUUCCUAGAAGGUUCAUGUUCCUUGGUGAAAGGGCAAGGUCCCCUCCUGCAGGACAUCUCCAUAAGGAUAAAAGACUGUGCAUCAGGGAGCAGGAAGACAAGAACAGGAAGAACCGUUUGGAAAUAUCUGAGGAUUCAAAGACAGCUAACUUAUUAGCCAUGGGGAAAGGGGCAGAGAGCCAUAAAGAAAUGUAUAGCUCCCAAAAGGACUCCAGUGGGAAGCAGAAAAGCUCCUUCCACAGCAAGCCUGGACUCUUUAAGCCAUAUGCAAGGUCUCAUUCAGUGGAGCAGUCAGUGGAGCAGAGUCUGAAGAAGAAAGUAAAAGCUUCUGUUGCCCACAUUUCAAGAAUCCUAAAAGGAAAGACAUCUCCUGAGCCAGAGGAAGCAGAGUUUGGUGAGCUGGGAAGUGAGACAGCAGAAAAGGAGCUGUUAAUAGGGGCUGAAGGAUCUCUGAAGAGGAAAUCAGCACUCCCUUCAUUCAAGCUACCAAGCCUCAUCCCAAAGGAGAAAGCCCCAUCGUUCACUGAGGAGCUCACGGACCAGGCUGCGGCCGCCGGACAGUGCGUGACGCUCUCGUGCCGGACUGCACCUCACUCCUCCCUGCACAUCAGCUGGUUCAGAGAUGGGAUACCUGUCCAGAGCAGCAGCCGGAUCCUCAUCUCCUCCACGCUCAAACACUUCCAGCUGUUAACAAUUCUCUCUGUUAAUGCUGAGGAUUUUGGUAUUUACACCUGUGUGGCCACAAACUCUCUGGGCUCAGCAUCCACCUCUUGUGUCAUAAGAAAAGCAGAGGUUCCCCCCAGCCCUCCACCCCCUGACAUCGUGGAGGUCUACAAGGAUGGAGUGCAGGUGGUUUGGAAACCUGUGGAAACCAACACCCCUGUCCACUACACUGUCCAGUGCAAGACUGAAGAUGGGGAGUGGACAACUCUUGCUUCUGACAUCACUGACUGCUGCUACUAUGCCAGAAAUCUCCCCCAGGGCUUCAUCUACAGCUUCAGGACAGCCUGCAGCAGCAAGGCAGGGAUGGGCCCCUACAGUGACCCCUCUGCCAAAGUGACAAUCACUGCCAAGGAUCAGAUGGAGCCUCGUGCUGCCACACAGGAGUCCCCAUCAGCUGCCCCUGAGGAAGAGAGUGAAGUGAUCUCACCUCCUGAGCCCUUCCCAACCUACCAGACCUACGCCUUCCAAACUGAGAUCAAAAGGGGCCGGUUCAGCAUCGUCCGGCAGUGCCGGGAGAAGGUGAGCGGCAAAACUCUGGCUGCUAAAAUCAUCCCUUACUGGCAAGAGGACAAGCAGGCUGUGCUGCUGGAGUACCAGGUGCUCAGGAAGCUCCACCACACCAACAUAGCCCAGCUGAAGGGUGCCUACGUCAGCCCCAGGCACCUGGUGCUGAUCCAGGAGAUGUGUGUGGGGCCAGAGCUGCUCCACUCCUUGGCCUUACGGACAUCAUACUCAGAGGUGGAGGUCCGAGACUACCUGUGGCAGAUCCUCAGUGCCACUGAGUAUCUCCAUGCACACAACAUCCUGCACCUGGACCUCAGGUCUGAGAACAUGAUCAUCACUGAGCCCAACCUGCUGAAACUCCUGGAUUUUGGCAACGCACAGUUCUACACACCAGACAAAUUUAUUACCAUGGAUAAAUGCUCGGACUAUGUGGAGACCAUGGCUCCAGAACUGCUGACAGAGCAAGGAGCCCUUCCCCAGACUGAUAUUUGGUCCAUUGGAAUUACAGCCUUCAUCAUGCUGAGUGCCAACUACCCCAUCAGCUCGGAUGUACCCUGUGAGUUCCUGAGAACAGCCAGGAAGGGGAAGCUGAAGCUGGCGCGGUGCUACGCGGGUCUGUCCGGGGGAGCAGUGUCCUUCCUGCAGAGCACUCUGUGUGCAAACCCUUGGGGAAGGCCCUCAGCCUCCGAGUGCCUCCAGAGCCCCUGGCUGCAGGAGACAGGUCUGGACAACAAGCAGCAGGCACUGGUCACCUUCCCCACCACCAAACUGAGGAAUUUCCUCAUGGACCGGGAAAAGAAGAGGGGCCUGCUGUGCUCCAAGUAUGGCCUCAUGAUUGCACAGUGACGUGGAUGUGGUGACAG